ACACGGCCAGGGUGGCGCCAGAGAGACAUCCCCACACAUACACACACGCUCCGCUCCGCUAAAGAUGUGAAAAUGGCGGAGCUACAAAUGCUUCUGGAAGAGGAGAUUCCAGCAGGACGAAGCGCACUACUAGACAGUUUUACCAAUUUGGAAAGAGUCGCGGAGUACUGCGAAAGCAACUAUGUCCAGUCUCCAGAUAAGCAGAGGGCCCUGGAGGAGACCAAGAACUACACCACCCAGUCUCUUGCCAGCGUCGCCUACCUGAUCAACACGCUGGCCAACAAUGUCCUCCAGAUGCUGGACAUCCAGGCCUCGCAGCUCCGCCGCAUGGAGUCCUCCAUCAACCACAUCUCACAGACGGUGGACAUCCACAAAGAGAAGGUGGCCCGGCGGGAGAUCGGCAUCCUCACCACCAACAAGAACACGUCUCGCACACACAAGAUCAUCGCCCCAGCCAAUCCCGAGAGGCCCGUGCGCUACAUCCGCAAGCCAAUCGACUACAGCAUGCUAGACGACAUGGGCCAUGGAGUCAAGUGGUUGCAAAGGUUUAAGGCCAGCGCCCAGAACAUGAAGGCCGGAGGCGGUGGACUCCCUCGCACAAACCCCCCCACACAGAAGCCCCCCAGCCCGCCCAUGUCGGGGAAAGGGACCCUUGGGCGCCACUCCCCCUAUAGGACGCUCGAGCCGGUGCGUCCGCCCGUUGUCCCUAACGACUACGUCUCGAGCCCGACGCGCAACAUGGCGCAGCCCCAGCAGAGCCCUACACGCACUGCAUCCGUUAAUCAGAGGAACCGCACGUACAGCAGUGGGAGCAGCGGAGGCAGCCAUCCCAGCAGCAGUCGCAGCAGCAGCCGAGAGAACAGCGGCAGUGGCAGCGUGGGCGUGCCCAUCGCCGUGCCAACCCCAGCCCCACCCACCGCCUUCCCAGCCCCCGUCCCCUCCAACUCGGCUCAAUCUCCCCCCAACACUGCCACCACCCCUGGGGCCUCUAACACAGCACUAGACGGCCCCCCACAGGUCCCAAACCCCCCUAUAGAGAUCCUGCCUGUACCCCCACCCCCUCCCCAGCUCCCUGCCUCUGCGGCCCCCACUGGCACGGGCCCCGCUGCUUACGGCAACCCUGCACAAGGCGCUCCUCAGUUCUACAGCAUGAACCGCCCGGUGCAGCCGCUCCAAAACUCGCAGGUGGGAGGCUCGCUGCCGUACCGCCGACCCGCGUCUGUCACCGGUCAGCCCAACAUGGCCCACAACCAGAGUCAGCUCAACGGGGGACCACACUUCGCCCCGAACCCAGCCGGCCCACUCGCGCCCCCUCCCCCCUCCAUGCAGAUCACCCCUCAGCUGCCUCUGAUGGGCUUUGUGGCCCGAGUUCAGGAGACUAUCUCAGAUGUGCCGCCUCCACCUCCGCCCGCCGAGGAGCCGGUGUUUGAGGAACCCACCCCUCCUCCUCCGCCGCCGGAGGACUACGAGGACGACGAGGAUGAAGAGGAGUCGGCGGUGGUGGAGUACAGUGACCCGUACGCCGAGGAGGACCCGCCCUGGGCCCCGCGCACCUACAUGGAGAAAGUGGUGGCCAUCUACGACUACGCCCGCGACAAGGAGGACGAGCUCUCGUUCCAGGAGGGCGCCAUCAUCUACGUCAUCAAGAAGAACGACGACGGCUGGUACGAGGGCGUGAUGAACGGGACCACGGGCCUGUUCCCCGGCAACUACGUUGAGUCCAUCAUGCACUACGCCGACUGAACAACCCCCCCCCCCGCCCCACCCCCUCCCUCUCUGAGCGGCGGAGAAGUGAAGGGGGGGGAGAGGAGGGGAGGGGGAGCCGCGGGUUAGAGGUCAAAGACUUUGAUCAGACAGAGCACGAUCACCUCCGGGCGACGAGAGAACAGAAAGACGGGGAGGGGGGGGGGGGGGGGGGGGGGGGGGGCGGAGAAGACGACGUUUUUAAAGAAGUGGCGGCGUGACGAACUGAUGCCCGGGCGUUUCUCCCGACACAGGCGCCAUUGUAAAACAACCACUACUCGGCAUAUAUCCUCCCCUGUCGUACUUCUUUCUUUCUUUCCUUUACUGACUGUGGACUGGGACUGAGGUGGAUUCAUUGUGUUUUCAGAGUUUUUGACACCACUACGUUGAUUUUGCUUCAUUUUUCUGAUUUUUUUUUUUCCUUUUAUUUUAAAGCAUAUUUAUUUGGAUUUUGUAGUGGGACAAAUGGUUUGGGGGGGGGGGGGCAAAAGGGCUGCAGGAGAACGCCUUCACGUGUCGGUUUUUCUCACACUUUUCUAGAGAAACAUACUCGUGUCUCUAUAUAAAGUACACCGCUACAACACUAUCCUCCAUGUGGGGUGGAACUAACCCGUAGUUUCAGGACUUGACUAAGUAUUGGUGUGGGCACCUCAGCAGAGUGUGCCGAAGCUGACGUUCUCUAGGAGAAAGCACUGCAGAUGUCUUAAGGCGACGCACGCGCAGCUAGAAAUAAACGUGGGUCGGAGAGAAAGGCCUGAGAGUGCUUUAAAACCCCGUUUUUUUUUAUUUUUCUUAUUUGAUCUGAAAUGCUUCACGCCACGCCACGCCGGGCCGAGGUUUAACAUGAAAGAGG